GGCUGCCAGGAGGGAGAGUCCCGGAACCAAGUGCAGCGUCCGUGAGCGCUCGGCACGUUCCCCGGUGUAGCUAGAGGGCUAAACGGCUCAAACCGAGAAAUAAACAGUUUCUCAUCACUUGGCCAGUAGUUUCUUUUAAUUUUAAAACGUAGAAGUAUGUAUUACACUAAAUAUCGCAAAGGUUAUUCGCUUCUUUUACUUGAAGUCUCACAUGACCUCCAUGCGACAGACUGAAUUUCAUUGAAAAGUAUUUUCUAAUUAUUAGUAAUCAGUUUUUUAUCUCGGCAAAGUGGUCGAUUUCGGUCAGGUUACCUUCAGAUAGCAGCAGUUAGCUGACUAGUUACUAUUCCCAAUCGCUAAACAUACACAGCUAACUAACAUUAGGUUUCAAAUUGUACUAGAAAAGAAGGUUUUAAAUAGAACCUGGCUUGCUGGCCAGCGUUAAGGUAGCUUUGUGCCAACUUGGUUAAACACAAGCCUGUAUCCUCGAGGGUCCUGUACAGAUGACGUCCAGCGUGACAUAAGCACAAGAUGAAAACCAUAUGUGCUUUACAAGACAGAGGCCUUGUGGGCAUCAUCGUUUUCCUUCUGGGCAUGGGAACACUUCUGCCAUGGAAUUUCUUCAUAACUGCCCUUGAUUAUUUUAAUGAACGUCUAAAUACGAAAGCAACAGGCAAUGUCUCAGAAACGGUCCAGACACCUGAUCCAUACAUGUUCGACAACAUGUGCGUUCUGAUUUCCCAGCUACCCUUGCUGCUGUUCACUUUUCUGAACUCUUUUCUUUACCAGCAUAUUGCAGAGAGGAUAAGGAUUGCGGGGAGCAUGAUAUUUAUUUUAUUGCUCUUCAUACUCACGGCUAUUUUAGUGAACGUCAGAAUUGAACAGGAUGUUUUCUUCUCCAUCACUAUGACAACCAUCUGGUUCAUCAACAUGUUUGUGGCAGUGCUGCAGGGCAGUCUAUUUGGUCUGGUUGGGAAGUUCCCACAGAAGUAUAGCUCCUUGUUUAUGAGUGGCCAGGCUGUGGCUGGCAUCUUCGCAGCUGUUGCCAUGUUGAUCUCAAAGAUCUCGAAAACAGACAACAAGACUGCUGCUUUGGGUUACUUCACUACUCCCUGUGUUGCCACACUCCUCACUCUAUGCUCUUACCUCCUGCUGCCUCACCUGAAACCUGCCCGUCUUUAUUUUGAAGAUGGAACAAGUAACAAAGAGGAAACAAGGCAAGAGGUUUUAGAACAACAGGAGAGUGUGACCCUAAUGAAGGUGAAGUUCAGUGACGCUAACUGUAAUGGUGAGAGCCUGUUAAAUGGACCUGAUCCCCAAGUUUUCCAGACAAUGAAUGUAAAUGGGAAGCUGGAAGAGAUGUGUGAAGGGAAAUCUACAGUGAUGGCAGUCUUUAAAAAGAUUUGGUUGAUGGCCUUGUGCGUGACAUGUGUUUUCAUGGUCACGUUGUCAGUUUUCCCAGUAGUCACUGUACUCGUGAAACCAGAUCGCCUAUUUACAGGGAUAUGGGAUGACAUUUUUACACCGCUUUGCUGUUUUUUGGUUUUCAGCGUGAUGGACUGGAUUGGCCGAAGUGUCACUUCAGUUUUUCAGUGGCCCUCAAAGGACAGCUGUCUGUUCCCGAUCUUUGUGGCGGCUCGAGUGAUCUUCAUCCCUGGGCUCAUGAUGUGCAACAUUCCAUCUGACAUCAACAACCACCUCCCAGUGCUUUUCAAGCAUGAAUUUGCCUACAUAGCUGUGAUGUCAUUGUUUGCUAUCACAAAUGGGUACUUUGGCUGUCUCUCCAUGUCCUAUGCACCACAGUUGGUGAGGUGUAGAGAUGCAGAGACAGCUGGGGCUCUGAUGACCUUCUUCCUGACCUUGGGGCUCUCCCUUGGAGCUGCCCUCUCUUUUGGUCUGAAGAACCUCUUAACCUCUUACUAGUAGCUUUCCUGUUCAGUUAUUACUCUUUUAGCACUUACUGGUAACUCUCCUGUUCUCAUUACCAACCCAGUCUGAGUUGCCUGUCUGUUUUCUUUUUUUUUUAAAAAAACAAAAAAAACUUGCUAUGCCUUAGCUUAACAUCUAAAAAAUGACUUUAUACUGAUUAUAACACUUACACAAAUACAUUAGAGUACUUAAACAUUGCAUUUAAGGCCCUUACAAUAUAAAAUAAUUUUGUGAUGCACUCACCACCCCAAAACCACUUUUAUUAAAAACACCUUGUAAAAUACAUUACACCUAAAGCACAUCUACAGUUCAAGACAGUUUGUGUCGGUUUGUUUCAACCAUCCCUAAAGGUUUUUACCCAAAGUAAUUACUGAUUAGAUAACUGUUGCAUGGAUAUUUUUGGCUCUUAGACUCCAGCAGCACUGCUGUGUCUCAUAUACAAGUGCAACAAUCACUGUCAUGUCAAUGUCUGUCAUGAAGAGAGUUGUACACCACCCAAGUAAUAGGUGGUCAGUAGUAGUCAUGUGGCCACAAACUGACCAGUAAUGAAUGGGGAGUAGGUUGGCUGACCAGCUGGAGGAACAAUUGGGUUAUAUACAAUAUGUAGGUGCACCUUUUAAAAAAUGGCCAGUGAGUGGAUGGAAGGUGGGUGUUUUUAGUGAAAUGUGAGUGUGCAUCACCACAUCUUUUAAUGUUUGGCAGAAAGCCAUAGUAAGACAGCACUCCACUGACCUGUUUCAAAGAAAAGCAAUAUACUUUCAACUUUGUAAAUUGAUAUAUUUUUAUUCUAAAGGGAUUUUGAUGUGUUUUAUUGUUUUGUUUUUUUUUACUUUUAUACAUAUUUUGAGUCUUGUUUGUUAUUCAUGAUUCAGUGUUUUAUCAAUUUUCUAUCAGUGUUGUUAUCAAUUUUUCUUCAGGGAAUAAAGGCAAAAAUAUAUCUGGUUUCCUUUUUUUUUUAUUCUGACUUUGUGCAUUGUAAAUGUAUAUUGGGGUAAGAGAUCAACUGUAAACAUCAACCAUAUGUGUUUGAACUUUGUCACUGUUAUAUGAGGGCAUAGUUAUCCAAGUAUAGAGACAUUGCACAGCAUCUCUCAAUGAUCAUAUCAGUUGUCUAAGUUAAAGAUGUUAGUUGUAAUACUGUUUGAACAAGUUUGUCCAAAUGGAAUCCUUUCAAAUUUCAAGCAAUACAAACUUGAGUCAUGACAUCAAACACCUUUAUCUGGCUAACAAAUCUUCACAUCGACAUUUUUCUUCAGUGAUGACAGCU